AGAGAAAGAGAGCGAGACAAGAGACCAGAUAAGGAUCAAGAUCAAGAUAUGGAGUCGCCUUUCCCUGACAACAAGGACAUAGAGAUAAAGCACCAAAGUACCAUGCAGGACGACCCUGAGGGAUACUUGGUGAUUGGGGGAAACAGAACGGGAGACAUCCACAGGACUGGUAGUGGGUUUGCUGGUGGGGGAGAUGGGGGAGGUAUGGGAGACAGGGGAGGAGACAGGGGAGAUGGGCAAGACACAAGCAUGGAGCUGAAGGAUUUGACCAGCAGCACAACAGACAAUGAACAUCCGAUUGCAGAAGAAGACGAGGACGGUGACAUCAUAACGCAAAGGAAUGACAUCACAGCAAAAAUGAAUGACAUCAGGACUCAAUGUGAUGACUUCGGAGAUGAGGUCAACGGUGAUUCCGAGAGCCAAUCAGCGCACAGUGAGCCUCGGGUCUACAUAGAGGUGGGUGUGGCUAAGGUGGAGCUAGCCUCGGGACCACUCAAGGCCCAAUCGUCUUUCCAAGAAUCUCCGGAGUUCCUGUCCACUGCGAGCACAGGUAACCAUGGCACUGACAUUAAAACAGACACUUUGAUGAAUGACAGCACAAAAUCCAGCAAUGACUCUGAUAAUGACAGCGCUAAAACGACCACAGACACUUAUGACAACUUAGAUGAUAGCGGCAAAGUCAACAGGGAAGAUUCUUCGGACAAAAAGAGUACUGAUGCCUUUAAAUUAAAAACAAACCCACACAAUCACACCUCUGAUCUGGCCAUGAUGGACUCCACAACAACCCUCUGCAGACGUAACCACGACAACUACACAACCCCCGACAUCCCGUCCGAAGACACUUCCACCUCCAGAUCGGAAACUUCAGUCCCUCUCAAUCAAUCGGCCCCGGCACCCGACACCACAUGGGACGACACCCCGAACGUCAGGGAGGGGGGUGAAGGCGACAGUAGACCGCCCUCACAGAGGAGUGUAGCGGAGGGGGUGUGCUGCUGCUACAGAGCAGUACACAAGGCCUUCAUAAGGUGCCUAGAGGAGACACCAGCCAUGCUCCCUGGACUGCUGCUGGCCAUGGGCUUCUGUGUGGCUAUCAUCAUCCUUAUACCAACUACCGGAAGGCUGAAAGAGAACAUCAGUGUCCAUGUAGGGGCCCUGUCCGUGGUCUGUGUGGUGCUGUGUUUGAGCACAGCCCUGCUGGUGGCCCUGCCCUGGCUGGCCGUGGUGAGGCGGUGUGGAGGAGCGCUGUCACUUUGCCUCUGGGGGGCCUUGUAUGUCACAGCUAUAGUCUUCACCUUCACCGGAGGGCCCGUCACCGCAUGGGAACAGGUAGCGUUCUUCCUCUUCCUGUCUCUGUGUGUGUACACGGUGCUGCCCCUGUCCCUAGCCUGGGCUCUGAUGGUGGGCAUAGGGACCAGUGUGUCACACAUCAUCAUCAUCAGUGUCUAUGUUCCCGUCACCAGGCCUAACACACCAAACCUGGCAGUGCAGCUGGUGGCCAAUGCUGUGUUGUUUUUGUGUGUGAACUGUGUGGGAGUGUUUCACCUGUGGCUGACUGAGCAUGCCCACAGGAAGUCCAGUAAGAAGAAAGAGAGGUUCAGCGCCAUGCGCUCCCAGAGGGACAUGCAAAAACACCAGCAGGAGCACCUCCUCCUGUCCGUGUUGCCACGAUAUAUCGCCAUGGAGCUGAAGACGGAGAUCAUCAAACGACUGUCGGAGAAUAAAGAGAAAGGACAGAACUUUCACAGUCUGUACAUCCGGCAACACAAAGAUGUCAGUAUUCUGUAUGCUGACAUUGUGGGGUUUACUAAGCUGGCCAGUACCUGUUCUCCCGAGGAGCUGGUGGGAGUCCUCAAUAAGCUCUUCGGCAGGUUCGAUGACAUUGCCAAGAAGAACGAGUGUUUGCGUAUAAAGAUCCUGGGUGAUUGUUACUAUUGUGUGUCGGGUCUGCCAGACCCCAUCCCAGCCCACGCCAGGAACUGUGUUCAGAUGGGACUCAACAUGUGCACGGCUAUCAAUAAACUACGGGAGGCUACUGGUGUGGAGAUCAGUAUGAGAGUGGGUGUGCACUCCGGCAACGUUCUCUGUGGCGUGAUUGGUCUACAGAAGUGGCAGUACGACGUCUGGUCACAUGACGUGACUCUGGCCAACCAUAUGGAGUCUGGGGGCAUGCCAGGGCGUGUCCACAUCACAGAGGAGACACUGGGACACUUAGCUGGGGUGUACCAAAUGGAGGACACUGACGGGGGAAGCCGGGAUGCUCUGCUAAAGGGGAGGAAAACCUACCUGGUGAUCGACCCCCAUAAGGAAGACACCACCUCUAAGAGGAAGGAAAAGACAAACAUCCUGACGGUCAGUGGUCAUAAGCAGCGAGCCUCAGUGAGGAUGUCUCAGUACCUGCAGUCCUGGCAGACCAUCUGUCCAUUCUCUGACCUCAGCAACCCUGAGGCCACACCCACCCAGCUGCCAAUCAACCCGACCUGCGCCAGCACGAAUCAAUCACAGCCAUCCGCAGAUAGACCACCUACUCAGACCGAUUCCAGCAGUACCAGUCAGGUCCUGGAUGACGGCAUAAGAGGGUCGUUAGAUACUAUUGACGGUGCAGGGCGGAGAGAAAAGAAGCUGAACUGCUUCACGCUGUUAUUCAAUGACCUAAAGCUGGAGAAACAGUUUCGUCUCUCAGAGGUCAAAGGUCUACACCAGUCAGUAGGCUGCAUGGCUCUCAUCUUCGUGGCUCUGUUUACUGUCCAAAUGCUCGUCUCCCAGAAAAACUUUCACAUGGCUGUGUCGUAUGGCGUCACCUUCCCUGUUCUAGUGUUGCUUCUCUCUGUGGUCUGCACGGGACACCUCAAGAGAUGGCGCUCUAAAAUCCCUCUCAGUCUACAGUGGGUGACGUCGCUAUCGCAAGGAGUGGCCACAAGGCCGGCGGCACGUUUACUGCUGGUCUGCCUUUGUCUACUCAUCACCUUGCUUAUGGCCAUACUGAACUUUUUCUUUCUACCUGGAGACAACUGUGCCUCCAACUCGUACAACACAUCAGAACUACAGAACCUCAACCUGUACACCGUCCCUUAUUACCUGUACUGCUGCCUGCUGGCCAUGCUAGGUGUGGUGGUGUUUGUGAGGACGUGCAUGUCCGUCAAGGUGUUGCUCCUCACACUGGCUGUAGUAGUCUACCUGUCUCUCUUCCUCUACGUCUACGCACCUCGCUCAGACUGUUACAUGGCCCUGCUCUACAACGAUACAAAGCCUGGAGUCCUAAAGGAGCCUAAGAUCAUGGCUGGAGUUUGGCUGUUCAUCUUCUAUUUUACAUGCCUGAUACUGGCACGACAGGACGAGUUGGGCUGUCGCGUGGAGUUCCUACUGCAGCAGUGUUUCAGAAUUGAGAGGGUUGAGAUGGAGACCAUGGAGAAUGUUAACAAACUACUACUGAAGAAUGUCCUGCCUCUUCAUGUAGCAUCUAAAUUCAUGGGCAAGACCAUACGCAACCAGGACCUGUACAGCCAAUCAUGUGACUGUGUGUGUGUGAUGUUCGCCUCGGUACCCCAGUUUAAGGAGUUCUACAGCGAGAGCAGUGUGAACCGAGAUGGACUGGAGUGUUUACGUUUCCUCAAUGAGAUCAUCUCAGACUUUGAUGAGCUUCUCUCAAAGCCAAAGUUCUGUUCUGUGGAGAAGAUUAAGACUAUUGGCAGCACCUACAUGGCAGCUGCUGGUCUGACCAAUCCUGCUAUAGGGGACGAGCGAAAGGACGGUGAUGUGUCCUACAGCCAUGUGCGCAGCAUGGUAGAGUUUGCCAUCGCUCUGAAGAACAACUUGGAGUCCAUCAACCAACACUCCUUCAACAGCUUUAAGCUACGCAUCGGGAUAAACCAUGGUCCAGUGAUUGCGGGGGUGAUCGGAGCCCACAAACCACAGUAUGAUAUCUGGGGGAACUCUGUGAACGUGGCCAGUAGGAUGGACAGCACCGGAGUACUAGACAAGAUCCAGGUGACAGAGGAAACAGCGCAGGUGGUGAAGACCUUUGGCUUCAGUGUGACCAAGAGAGGAGUCAUCACCGUCAAGGGCAAGGGAGAACUUACGACCUACUUCAUCAACACCGACUGACCAAUCAUCUUCUCUGUUCUGACCUCUCCAACCAAUCAUCAUCACUCAUCCAGCCACACAUCAAACUCUGACCUUCAGUCGUCCUUAUUUAUUCUCAUGCAGUAAUGCUGUGAACAGGGACACUGCAUUUGGAGGAAGGAGGUGCUGUCUUUUGGAUGAAUAUGUUACACCAAUUACAGAUGUCAAAAAAUAAAUAGUUGGUUGGUAGGCAAUUUGUGAUCAUUUAUUAUUUGUGUUUUGAAUGAAUCUGUCACGACUCGUGAACUACUGUAUCUAUCUGUGUGUGAUCUUUGAUUGACAGACAACAAAGCAAAGCCAUUGAGGAAUAUGCUCUUACUAAUGACAGUGACACAGAGUGGGUUCAAGGCGAGCAAUGACGGAAUGUUCCUUAUUAGGAAAUUAUAAGGCCAUAUGGAAACACAAGAUUGUGUACUUUUCAAUGGUUUCCUGAAAGGGAUGUUAUAUAUAAUAAGAAUACGUAUGGGCUGUUAUGUUAUUUCAAUGGACGAGGAAGUAGUUGACAGUAGGCCAUCCCUGCCAAAGGUACUGCUGCAUUCACACUAUUGAAUCCAUCUGCCACCACUUUAAUACCAUGAAAAUACAAUAUAACUUAUUGUAUUUAACUUUUGAUCAUGUAAUUUCAGAUCAAUGUUUUUUUAUUUUGUUUUUAAAAGAGAUUGAUAUAUUUUGUCUAUUCUGAACGACUUUAUAAGCACGCCUGGGCAUACAGUAUAUGAAUGUACAUAGAAAUAAACUUAAGAUGUGGAAGGUUGUGCUUCUGUGUACGCUACCAAAUACCAAAUUGCAUUGAUGUUUUUGUAAGCUCAUGAAAAUGUGUGUAUUUCCUUUUACUCAUAACGUUUCAGGAACCUGUGAAGCACUGGACGUGUAGAAAUAUGUCGUAUUUAAACAAUUGUUUCGACGUAUGAUAGUUUGGUGAAGCAAGAUGACGUGAAUUCAAUAUUAAACUAUAUUUUUGAAUUUUGAA